AUGCUAAAUAGCAUUGUCGAAGAAGAUGAGAUUAUAUCGACAGCGCCACAAAAACCCGCUUGGAAAGCACCUGACUUGCAAGUUUCACCUCCUGUGACAUCUCCCAUUUUCGACGCUAAUGCUACGCCGCCGACAACAUCGAAGAAGAAAUCUGCUGGAAGAUUUACGCCUAAGGGUACUAAAUUUCGGGAUGCUAGCGAACUACUUGCGGGGACCCAACCAGGCACACAUUUUGCACCAUGGGCUGGCACAGCGACAUCUCCUCAAAAUUCUAUCACUCCGCUUGCAACCGUCAUAUUGCAAGAAGAAAAGGAAACUUCGAAGCGUGUGAACAAGGAAACAAUUCCUGUGAAACCAGCUAGUAUUUCACAUCAACGUAGAAGAACUUCUGGAAGCGUUUCUUGGAGCGAGAGUGUUGUGUCACCAUCACCAGCCACAUCGCCACCAGCACCAUCAUUAGCUGAGAUCAUGCGUGAGGAAGAACGACGUCAACGAGAAGGUUAGUU